UCAGCAAAACCCCACCUUCGUAGCCCGGAACUUGGAAGGGCAGCUGCUGCGUUUAAAUUCGGAGCCGAUGUGCUGGGCAUAGGGAGAGGUUCCGAGAAGCAGAAUUGUGGCCUUGCGGAAGCCGGCGGAGAACUGCUGAGGCACCAGUUGUCCCUGUCAAGCAGGGUGUACCAUGUUUUCUUUUGGAGGAAUUGCUGCCAAGCUGGAAAGAGACCGCCUGCGAGCUGAGGGUGUGGGUGAUCAUCAGAAUUCUGUGAAGUACCUUGGUCAAGAUUAUAAUACCCUGAAGCAACAAUGUUUGGAGAGUGGAACAUUAUUUGAAGACCCCCUGUUUCCUGCUGUUCCCUCAGUCCUUGGCUUCAAGGAACUGGGCCCUAAUUCUGGCAAGACCCGAGGGGUGCGCUGGAAGCGUCCAUCAGAAAUUGUAGAUGACCCACAGUUUAUUGUUGGAGGAGCAACAAGGACAGAUAUCUGCCAGGGGGCUUUGGGUGACUGUUGGUUAUUGGCUGCCAUUGGUUCCCUGACUCUCAAUGAGGAACUUUUACAUCGGGUUGUACCCCAUGGACAGAGUUUCCAGGAGGACUAUGCGGGUAUUUUCCACUUCCUGAUAUGGCAAUUUGGCGAAUGGGUAGAUGUGGUAAUAGAUGACAGAUUACCAACCAAGGAUGGAGAACUUGUGUUUGUGCACUCAGCUGAGUGUCAAGAAUUUUGGAGUGCUCUGCUAGAAAAAGCUUAUGCCAAGUUGAAUGGCUCUUAUGAAGCCCUGUCAGGAGGAAGCACAACCGAAGGCUUUGAAGAUUUCACAGGUGGUGUGGCAGAAAUGUAUGAUCUCAAAAGACCACCACGCAAUUUAUCCAAAAUCAUUUGCAAGGCCCUUGAGAGAGGAUCUCUGCUUGGCUGUUCUAUUGAUAUUACAAGUGCAUUUGACAUGGAAGCAGUUACUUUCAAGAAACUAGUGAAGGGUCACGCCUACUCGGUCACAGGAUUUAAAGGGGUGGAGUAUCGUGGCCGUCAAGAAGAGCUCAUUCGCAUAAGGAAUCCCUGGGGUCAGGUCGAGUGGACUGGCGCAUGGAGUGAUAGCUCUUCUGAAUGGAAUGAAGUAGAUCCUGAUGAGAAGGAUGAAUUACAACUGAAGAUGGAAGAUGGUGAAUUCUGGAUGUCUUUUCGAGACUUUAUGCGUGAGUUUUCUAGACUUGAGAUCUGUAAUCUCACCCCAGAUGCUCUGACAGUGGAGGAAACAAAAAAAUGGCACACUACAUUAUUUGAGGGGAGCUGGCGACGGGGCAGUACAGCUGGAGGCUGCAGAAACCAUCCAGCUACGUUCUGGAUUAAUCCACAAUUCAAAAUCAAGCUUUUAGAAGAAGAUGAUGACCCAGACGACAAUGAACUGGCAUGCAGCUUCUUAGUGGCUCUGAUGCAAAAACAUCGAAGAAAAGAACGCCACGCUGGAGGAGACAUGCAUACCAUUGGCUUUGCUGUCUAUGAGGUUCCUGAAGAGGCCCAGGGCUGUCAAAGCGUUCAUCUGAAGAAGGACUUUUUUCUGAGGAACCAAUCUCAAGCACGUUCAGAGACCUUUAUCAACUUGCGAGAAGUGAGCAAUCACAUUCGUCUGCCACCUGGUGAAUACAUCAUAGUUCCCUCUACCUUUGAGCCUAACAAAGAAGCAGACUUCAUCCUGCGUGUCUUCACAGAGAAACAGUCAGACACAGAGGUGCUUGAUGAUGAGAUCUCCGCAGAUCUACCAGAUGAGGAAGAAAUAUCUGAGGAUGAUAUAGAUGAAAAUUUCAGGAAUAUGUUCCAGCAGCUUGCAGGAGAAGACAUGGAAAUCAGUGUUUUUGAACUCAGAACUAUUUUGAAUAGAGUCAUUGCUAGACACAAAGAUCUGAAGACUGAUGGAUUCAGCAUGGACUCUUGUCGCAACAUGGUCAAUCUGAUGGAUAAAGAUGGCAGUGCCCGUCUGGGUCUUGUAGAAUUUCAGAUAUUGUGGAACAAAAUCAGGAACUGGCUGAAUGUAUUUCGCCAGCAUGACCUGGAUAAAUCAGGAACUAUGAGCUCUUAUGAGAUGCGUCUGGCCUUGGAAUCAACUGGUUUUAAACUGGACAACAAGUUGCAUCAAGUGAUAGUGGCACGCUAUGCUGAUGAAUCAAUGGGUGUGGACUUUGAUAACUUUGUCUGCUGUCUAGUCAAGCUGGAAACUAUGUUCAGAUUCUUCCGUAGUUUGGAUCCAGAAGGUUCUGGGAGUGCUGUGAUGAAUCUUGGGGAGUGGCUGACAUUCACGAUGUGCGGCUAAUGCAGUGAUGGAAAUUCAUGAAGACGACCAGAUGGGACUGGACUAUCCUGAGUGCCUUCCAUAUGUCAGAUCUGCAGACAUCCGAUGGCCCAUCAACCUGAUCCAUUCUUUGCCACCGCAUCCAGUCCAGAACCUGCUUUUUUCUUCCUCUUGGCAAUAGACCCAAAAAAUCCUGUGAUUUAUGUUCUCUCAGAUUUACAUGUCAGAGCUUCUUCAGGAAGCAGGCUUUUUCCUGCUGUUAGCAUAAGUCUUGACAGCAGCAUUUUAGGAACUGGUGAAAAAACGACUGAGGGGGCUGAGAUGCAUGUUUGUUGAUUCACUGCAUGCAUGUUUUAGUGAUUUUAUUGAGCUUAUCAAGCCUUCAGAGUUAGCAAGAGGCAGGAUUGCAGUUCAGUUAUUUCUCAUGAUCAGUUAGUCUUUCCCUCUUCACUGGCUAUGGCUGAUUUUGAUCUUGCAAGAAAGCCUCACUUGCUUUCUCUUUGCUGGGCAGUUCACUACUUUGCUUUUUUUCUGUGGGAAAGUUACAAAGGGAAUUGUAUCCCCGAUUCAACUUUCAACACAAUGCUUUCUAAAGUAAUGCAGUGACACUCUGAAGUUGUGCCAAAGGUUGGUGAAAUCAGGCAUUUGCCAAGGUGACUAAGAAACUCCGCUGUCACGAAGAGCCACUAUUUUCACUCCAUGAAGGAACUCAACAGAGGCAGAGGCAUAAUGCUCAGUUUACAAGCUCUGUUUCUUCCAAGAGAUAGGGCUGCAUUGAGAGUCCCUGCAGUUCAUAAACUGUACCAGAAACAGAAGUGCUCCAUAUUGAGGUUUCUGAUUUUCUUUCACUAUUCAAUUAGAAAAGCUACUCAUCCAAGUCAUUAGAACAGACUCAGCUAAGCAGUCUGCCCUGCUAGAUUUAUACAAAAUCCUAGGCAGAAAAUGGUUGGAAAACAUCUUUACCAAUGACCACAUUGGAGACAGUGACCCCCUUCCCCUGCAUCUAAUGUAAGAACAGUCUUUCUGGGUUUAUUAAUUUAAAGUUUUAAAAACUAACAUAGAAAAUGGUGAAGUGUGCUUAAGGGUAUGCUCUCCUGUAUUUUUUUUAUUUAUCUCCAUUAGACUUGGAGAUUUUUAACAACGAAAAUACUUAUUUUUAAAGCAAAACUAAAGUGUCUCUUGAAUUUUAUGUUUUAUACACAGUAAUUGAGAACAUAAACAUAUUGCAAACAUAGCCUUCGAUUUCAGAAUAUUUUCUGUUCCUAUGCAACUAAGGAUGUUGUUUUGACGGAGCUUGGUGAAUGGGCUAGGCUAGUGUUGAAGUUGUCAACAUAGAUCAGGUCACUACAUGCCUUGUAUUCCAAGCUUUAAGAGCAAUAUCUAUGUACAACAAACAAUGUGGUUUAAUUGAAGGAAAAUGUUAUUUCUGAGUGUUGUUUCCUGUCAUGCCUUUGACUUAUCCUUGGCUAAAAAUAUAUCUUUUUUUUUCUGCUAGUAGCUUUAAUAUUCUGAAUGUAUCAGAGUGGAAUAAAAUGUCUUCACAUGAAAUACAUGACUUGUAGAUCACUUCUUUACUACUAAGUUGCUGCAGUAAUAUUUAAUAGAAUAUCCUUUCAAGUAAUGCUGCCCAUCCUACAUUGAUUGAAUAGGGUCAGGCUAAAUGUUCCCAUUUAACCUGCAGUUUCAUCUUUCUCCAAAUGUCCAACUUGCAUCACUAAGUAAUUUGUGCAAAAGGGGAGUUUGUACUAUACAGAUAUGAUCUCAAAAUUGUGGUCUCAUUUUUGAUUAACAAGUGCAAAACAACUAUUUAUAAGAAUAUCUACUAAAGCCUAAUGCUUUAAUUAGAAAUGUUGCAGAGGGGAUACUACGUUAUUGACAUUAAAGGAAGAUUGAAAGUCUUAUGCUUUACUAACCAAAUAAGGGAAGUAUUUAUGUCUUCUGGGCUUUCCUAGGAAGAUUAUUCAUUUGAUUAAAAGGAUGAGGUCACCACUCCGUAAUCUGCUCCCCAGAAAAAGAGGGGGCUGUUUUCUGUAUUCAAGUCAUAUACACUAAGAAAGUGCAGAUUUGCAAAGUGCACACAGUAAACAGUAAAUUCUUUUGUGAAGAGUUAGGUUUUCAGAAAUCUUUACUGUUGCAGGAGAACUAGGACUACCAGAUUUGGGCUUUAGAAGUGCAAAAUGGCAUCAUUUUGUUCAUCUGUUUCAUUUGACAUUGUAAUCAUCCACAGCCUCCACCAUUACGCUUGUAAUAAUAGAGUAUUCCCCUGUGCAAUAUUGGUCCAAACUCAUUCACGCCCUUGAUUGUGUCCAGAGGCUGGCAAUGACCUUACAGCUUUCUUGCAAGGAUGUAUAUACUCUCUUGCUGCCUUAGUCGAAAUUGCAACCUAUGUAAAAUUAUAGAAAUUUAUCAAAUUCUGUUCAUGUUUGGUGUUUGUGUUUGUGCAUGUAUGCGUGCAAUUUUAUUAAUAGUGGUUAAAAUUAUUGGAAACAAAUGGAUUUUAUUAGGAACUAUUUGUUAAAGCAGAUUUCAUAAAUAUUUCUAUAAAAAUUUAGACUAGGAAAAAAAAUCUACCGAUCGGUUCCAUGAAAAAUGUUGAAAUGUACUGUACAUUUCCAACAACUAAUUAUGAAAAAUCCAGGGAUAAAAAUACCAUUUAUGUUUUUGUUAAACUGAAAAAAAUAACAUAAUGGAAGGGUGCUGUUCCAAGGUUGUAUUUACCAUGUAUUUGCUGUAUGUGGUAAGAUGGUUAAAAUUCAGAAAAGGGGGGGAAGUAAAUAGAAUUACCAAGCCAUAUCUGUUUCCAAACAAUAGCUGUAUUAUUUUACAAUCUUAAAAAUAGUGGGAAUUGUCUGCAGAUAGAAAAACCUGGUUCUGAUGAAAGAUUCUUGGAAACUCCAAGGGUUGAAUAUUAUUUCAUAAGUUUCUAUUGGACUGAUUACAAUAUUUCUGCCUUAAUAUAGAUAUGAAUUGUUUUACCUGCCAUAAUCAGCAUGGUUGCUUUCAUUUUUUUUUUAUUUUAGACCAGAAAUCGUAGUCUAUCAACAAGUGUAACAGAACUAAUCAAUACGUGUCAAAGUAAGCUCAUAAAUGUCAUCAAAGUAAUUAAGUUGAAAGAGUAGAAAAGGUAGAGCUAUUAAAGCUAUAGAGUUUACACUGAUCCUCAUGUCAAAGUGUACUGUAGCAAUAGGUGGUAGUCUUAAUUGAUUGCUCUGAAAUAGCACUACACAUACACAAAAGCUGAUGAAAAUAUAAAAUCCAAUCCAAUUCUAUAUUUUAUCCAGAAACCAGCAGGUGGCAUAGUAUCUCUUUUAACACAGAUUGCAAUCCUGCCUCUUAACAUUGUGGUUCCUAAAAUGCCUGGAAGAUUACUGUGGCUUGGUUUAAGAAUAUAGGGAAGAGUUUGUUGGAUUGGCUUAAGGGAAAUUAUGCUCAGUCAUUGCUGUAAUAUAUAAUUCAGAAUGAGGAUUUAUAGAUCCUCAAAGAAUUUACAAAUAGCUAUCUUAAAUUUAUGCUGGACUAAUAUAAAGCAAUACGUAAAAUAGUAUUCCAAGCAAGUAGUCCCUUUUUUUUUUCUUAGUUUGGAUUCAUAUCAUAUGGAAAGGCUGAAAGAAUUUAA